GCCGUUGAAUCAUGGCCGCCCGUUGACUGGAUCGUGUGGGACCAUUAACAGAGCUUCUCUUUCCGAUGUCAAUAUUGACAGACUGGGGUUUGAACAGUAGUUUGACGCAGAGAUGGGGUAGAAGCACGGAACUGGGCGGCGUUUUAAAAUAAGCGUUUGGUUUUGUCAGGUCACCAGUGUUCUCAUAUAGAAAUGUACAGUUCACCAUCGGAGGAAUGUUCUGGCAGCAGCAGCAGCCUUUUGCUCCGGCGCAACCUUAAACCCGUCUGGAGGCAGGAGGCUGACACUAACUGUAGCCUGCUAAGUUUAGCAAGCGAAGAGGACGAUGAAGUCCAGUUUGACACUUCCGAUGCAGAUACUAAUCGUGAGGUGCUGAUGGCUGGUAAAACUUACCCAUCCAUCGAAGAGUUUGCCUCAGCAAUCCCCAACCACCUUCUCCUGGGGUCUCUGCUUGAACACUUAUGCUUCGUCUAUGAGAGCAAUCCAGCUCGCUCACGUAUGCUGUUCAAAGUCAUCGGCCAACGCUUAGCUGCCAUGAACCUCCUCUCACCUUUGGCCAUAAGUGAUGAAUUCAGCACCGUCAGACUCCAGCACAACCGGGCCUUCACUGAGCUGCUUAAUGCUGCUAGCUCCUCCAUAUAUCCACAGGGCAUCAGCACGAACACACACAGUUCUGCCUUAAGACCCAAGGAGGGACUGUUUCAAGCCCAGACAUCACGGUAUCUUAGUGAGUUUGAAGAAAUCUCUCGGCUUGGAAAAGGGUCAUAUGGAAAUGUUUUUAAGGUUUUAAACAAACUAGAUGGACAAUGUUAUGCUAUGAAGAAGAUUCUCAUCAAAAAAGUCUCAAAGGAUGACUGUAUGAAGGUUCUUCGGGAGGUCAAAUUGUUGUCAAGCCUACAGCAUAUAAAUGUUGUUGGCUAUCAUACUGCAUGGAUGGAGCAUGUUCAGCCUGCAGCAUAUCCUGAGUCUAAGCUUCCUGCACUAGAGUCUCCUGGAAAAGACAACAGUCCUGAUGUGAGCCUUGACAGCAGCAGCUUCAGCUCCUCUAUAGUCUUUCAAAGCCACAGUCAAGCACCAACAGACGCCGGUGCUUUAGCUGCUAAACUACCUCAAAGAGACGACCAGUCUGUCAAAGCCUUAGUUUCAGCCCAGGAGGGCCAGGUGGUGUGUCCUAAGACGAUGCGUCGCAUCCCAGAAAACUAUGUCCCCUGUGUGUUCCUGGGAGAGAGAGGUCCCAUGCAGAGCUCCAAGUGCCCUGCCACGGGUUGGGAAAAUUCAGCACUGUUAGAGGAGGAGACAAGCAGAAGCAGCAUCGAACUGAACAACAACUCCUGCAUCGACAAGGAGUGUCAUCAGUGGGCAGACAAAUGUAUAACAAAGCCCUCUAAAGAGGUACAGUUUCACCUGAUGCUCUACAUCCAGAUGCAGCUGUGUGAGCGCUCACUGAAGGACUGGAUCUCUGAGAGAAACUCCAAACCCAAAGAAGAGCGCAUCCCAAGAUGUCCAUAUGACUGUGUAGACACCGAACACACACUGAGCCUUCUUAGACAUAUACUUGAAGGGGUGGAGUAUAUUCACUCCAGGGGAAUCAUGCACAGAGACUUGAAGCCAAGAAACAUUUUCCUUCAUGGUGCUGACUGCCAUGUUCGAAUUGGGGACUUUGGUUUGGCUUGCAGGGACAUAAUAGUGGAGGGCCAUAAAAGCACCACCUCUCCCUGCUGUGAUUCCACUCAUACUUCAGGUGUUGGCACCUUUGUGUAUGCUGCACCAGAACAACUAAAAGGCUCCCAUUAUGAUUCAAAGUCAGACAUGUACAGCAUCGGAGUGCUGGCUCUCGAGCUUUUUCAGCCUUUUGGGACUGAGAUGGAGCGAGUCCGGACGCUUGGGGACCUGAGAGAAGGAAAAAUUCCAGACGUGUUCUGCCACAGAUGGCCAGUUUUGUCAAAAUACAUCACGAAGCUGACAAGUAAAGAGCCCAGUGUUCGACCUACGGCCAGCCAGCUUCUACAGAGCGAACUCUUCUGCAGUAAAGACACGGUGAUCCACGGUUUGCAGAGACGGGUUGAAGAGCAGGAGGAAGAGAUCAUGCAGCUGAGAAGACAGAUCAGUCAGCUUCAGAGCUCACAAAUCACAGUUCAUUUCUCUGAGUUGGACAAGACCUGAGCCUUAAAAAUCUUAAUAGACUUUCAAAACUUGAUUUAUUCAGCCACUGCUGUACCUUGUUUUUUGCUGACUCAAUACAAGUAGUGGAGUGUAUGCGUGUGUGUGAACAUUUAAGUGCGUCUUGUAUACCUGGAUAAUAGAGUGCAAUUACUUUUGCUCCAUUGAGCUGAUUAAUAAACCUAUUUCUGAUGUA